GUUCCUCCCACUGCGCACACCUGCUCCUCGCUGUCCCAUCAGCCCCAGCUCUGCUUCAGACUGCGCGUGUUAUCACGUUUUACCUGCCUGAUACCGAGUGCACAUCGUCUUAUCCUCCACUGCUUCUGUAUCAGACUUUCACCCUGUCUUCAGUUACUUUUUGUGACACUGACGGUUGAAAAUCGAUAUGUGGGUCAACAUUUGCGCAUUUACGCACAGAAGACGUGUCCAAGAAAGUUCAUCUUUUCUACACCCUGCUUAAAAUCCACCACACACCACGAUUUAUGUCGCAUAAAUAAUCGGGGGUUUUUUCCCCUAAAGUUUCCACAAGCUUCAUCACUUUCACGUCGCCUUGUGUCCAGCAGAGAACUGGAAGUUGAUCCUGUGAAAGUCUGAUCCUGAUUUCCUCUCAGGCACCGGGACCGGCAGCAGCAGCAGGGAUCAGACCUGCAGAGGAACUUCUCCUCGACUUCUGAAGCGGAGAAAACUGCUUUAAAAGACGUUUUAAAGAGAGUCAAUGUAAUAGAUCCCGGCGACUUUUUAUUUCACAUAUUUUUGGCAACACAUAUAAUUCACACGAGGAACAAUAGAAGGACGUCAGGAGCCUUUCUCCUCCUCUGUGCCGGCUGUGGAGGUCCACUGGUGGUCAGAUUCACCAACAGACUCAGAUGGCGGAGCUGCUCAUCCUCACAGGCUCACUGCAGAUCCCCUGAUCUGAUCGGCUGUCAUGGUGGCCUCGGUGACGGAGGAGUGGGCCUGGACUUCACCUCUGAGUAGAUUUCCUCCUCAGGAAUGCUGAUGGAGAAAACCCAAAUCCAGCUCGGUGUUAAUACCCCCGAUUUACUCGCAUGAUCAGAACGAGCUGAUUGUUUGGUCAGAGGGGGUCGAUGACAGCUGGAGGCGUGUCAGCGAUGGGCCGGAAGUUAGAUCUGUCCGGACUGACGGACACCGAGGCGGAGCACGUGCUGCAGGUGGUGCAGAGGGACAUGAGGCUACGCAAGAAGGAGGAGGAGCGCCUCAGUGAACUGAAGCAGGAGCUGGACGAGGAGGGCAGUCGCUGCCUCCUGCUGUCACGGCAGAGUUGCUUCAACCGGCGCUGCUGCAUCCGCUGCUGCUCGCCCUUCACCUUCCUGCUCAACCCCAAGCGCGAGUGCCGCGACUGCCGCUACAACGUCUGCAAGGCCUGCCGGGUCUACAACAAGCGGGACAAAGCCUGGCUCUGCUCCUCCUGCCAGAAGAGCAGGUUGUUGAAGACUCAGUCACUGGAGUGGUUCUACACGAACGUGAAGCAGCGCUUCAAGAGGUUCGGCAGCGCCAAAGUGCUGAAGACUCUUUACAGGAAGCACCUGGUGGAGCACAGCGCGCUUUCAGAACUUACUGAGGGCAGCGCCUACGAGGAGAGUAUCUGCAAUGAGGGCAGCGUCUGUGGGAGCGACUCAGCCUUCUACAGACAAACUGAAGAGCACAGCAUGGCAGAGACACUCACUGUGGCCAUGCGGGUGGCAGAGGAGGCCAUAGACGAGGCCAUCUCCAAGGCCGAGUUCGACACCGCCAGUCAGGAGAAGCAGAAUGAGGCGCACUAUCUGCGGGAGCACAGAGGAGAGCUCAUCGAGGAACUCGCCAAGACGAUUGUGCAGAAAAUCAUUAGCAGGAGGAAGACUUUGGCUGGGAUGAGGGCAGAAUAUGACCAGGACUGGCCACUUGAACACGACACUGACCUUCAGCAUCCUCAUCAGUCUGCCUGCGAUCGAGCCUCCAGCUCCCUCAAACAGCAACCAGGCCUCUGGAGGUCUCACUCCGCCUUCUCGCUGUUGGACAAUGACCCUCCGGGUCUGAUACUAGACUCGACACAGGCGUUGAAGAAGGAAGGAGGAGGGUCGGCCAUGUCGCCCUGGAAGAGCGUAGACCGGCUCGACAAUGCUGUGCUGAAGAGCCCAGAUGGGAACUGGAUUGCCCUGCAGAGCACCCAGCUGUCACGUCCCAGCCUGCUGACCAAGAGGAAGAGCCUGGUCUACAGUGCCUUGGAGAGGGAGUCCGGCGUGGUGUCCGCCUACGAAGGCAUGGGCUCCGACACCGAAACCAAACCCGAGCCCGACAGCUCCUGGGGUGCCGUCCUCCAGGAGAUCCACAGGAAGAUGACGAACUCGUACCUCAACCUGCAGGACAUGAGAAACAGGACCCCGUCCCCGCUGACGAGCCGCCGGGGCAGCAGAGACGAGCUGUUCUCAGACUCUGAGGGGAACUGGAAGUUUCAUAAACCUCUGCUGGCUCUUUUGAAGAAGAAGGUGCCCGCCGAGAUCAGGCGCCCCCCAUCGUCCCCCAGGACCAGCAUCAUCGAUGUGAACUUUAAUGUGGAGGGAGUGACGGAGGAAGAGGGUGGAGAGGCGACUGCAGAGCCAGGAGUGAGAAAAGUCCGGAGGUCACAGAAGAAACGGAAGAGUAAAAAAGAGUUGGCAGCUUCUUCUGUGGAUUACUGUACAAAUGACGACCACUCCCAACAUUCCUCCGAUGCUGUGACCCCCGACACUCUGACCUCUGGAGCCACGACCCCUGAACCAUUGGCCUUCGAGCGUGACAUCACAGCCCACGGGGCCAAUCAGAUGGACAAGGAGCUGUUGUUCAAACGUUCAGCAGGCCGAGGGUCUGAUUUCUCCACCGGAGGAGAGGAAGAAGUCGUCAGCGGAGAGAGAGAUAAUGAAAGUGAUGGACAGAGGGAGGAAGAGAGACAGGGGAGCGAGGACAGAGAUGAGGAAGAUGAGGAGCUGUGGAGGAUGGAUGUCAACUUGGAUGAAGGAAGAACAGAGGAUGAGGAGGAGGUUGAUGAUGAUGAUGAAAAGAUGAAAUCCAGAUUAUACAAGCUCGUCAGGCAGUCCCGACUCACGUACUUCACGUCCACUGACAACGACUUCGACAAAGUCAGCCAGAGUGAGGGAGAAUGGACGGGAGAAAGGGAUGAAGAUGUGGCGGAGCAGAGGGAGGACGAGGCAGACGGACUCACUUUUAAAAUCUGUCAGCUGGAAAAAGAAGUGAGAGCGAGCCAGUUCUCCUCCACCGAGGAUGAGCUGGACAGAGUCGGCGUGGAGGAGGAGGAGGAUGGGAGGAACGAGGAGCUGGCGGCGAAAGUGUGCAGAUUGGCGAACCAAAUCAACGCCGCUCAGUUCUCCUCCACGGAGGAUGAGUUAGACAGAGCAGGGGGAGGUGAAGAGGAGGAGGCGAUAGACGAAGCGGCGCUGUGGAAACUGCAGGCAGAGAAAGCCGUCCAGGCCGCUCAGCUGCGCGAUCUGUCCAGUUUAGUCAGCGCCUCUCAGUUUUCCUCCACCGAGGACGAGCUGGACAGAGUUGGAGAGAACGAGGAAGCAGAUGACGGAGGAGCCGCGAGACGUCUGUGGGACGAGGCAGCGGGGCAGCACCUGCGUCAGGGGAGGAGAGGAUCCUUUGGGGAUCUGGAUGUGAACAUGUUUGACCUGAGGGAUGAAACUGAGGAAGGAAAGAGGGAGAGCAGUGGGGGAAAAGAAAGAACUGGUAAUGUUUUGGAUAGUCAGACAAAAGACGUUCAACAAGAUGAAACGGAGGUGGAGGAAGAGAGGGUGACAGAGACUGAGGAUGAAGAGGAAGAAGAAGUACAAGAUUUGAAAGAGUCAGAGGAAAGGCGAGAGACUGAAGCGGAGAGAACGGACGAGCUAACAAAGGAGAAUCAGCCAGAGGCGAAGUGGCCAGACAAGGAACAGGUCACAGACGCAGAGAGCGAAGAGGAGGACGCAGAAUUCGACAGAAUAAUCAGCAGCAUGUUGAUGAUGACCCUGGAGGACAUGCAGGGAGAGACGUUAAGAGAAGAAGCUGCAGAAAACGGGUCAACGCAUAGAGAAACAGAGGAAGGAGAGACAGAAGAGAGCGUAAGAGCAGGGAGACAAAGUGGAUUUGAGGACAACGAUGUUUGCACAAACACAUCAGAAGAGACAGGAAGAGCAGAAGAGUCUCGGAGUCGAGGCGACAACGUGAUGUCAGAGUCGGCUGUGGAAGAGAGGCCAGGAGGAGACGUGGCCGGGGAAGCUGAGGGUGAUAUUUCGAGUGAGAAGGAGAGUGGAGAUGAAAGAGACACAGACACGCAGGAGGACGGCAAAUUAACGAAAGAAACGCCUUUUAUGACGGAGAUGCACGAGGCCAAACAGACAUAUGAUGACGAAGGACAAGAGGACAGAGGAGGAAAAGUCAUGACGGAGACAAAGGGAGACGGAGCAGAGGGAGGCUGCGACGGUAAAGAAACCGAUGAGAGACUCCAGGAAGCCAAAGAGGAAGAAGACGACGCAGACGACAUGGAGCAGAGCAGCACGCCGUCUCUUCAGGAGGGUUUACUGUCACCAGAGGAGAUUCAAAUUGGUGUUGACCUGGAGCUUUACAAAACACUAGAGUACAUAUCCACUCUGCUGGAGCAGAGGUACUCGGCAGUGUCUCUACGCAGCAUCACCACCGAGGUUCUGAAGGUGCUGAACGCCACCGAGGAGCUGCUGCAGGGCGUGGAUGGAGGAGAUGAGCCCCGAAUGUCCACCCCCUCCGCCCUGCCCCCCAACACAGACCCCAAGAAACUGGACCAACAGUUCUCCAGACUGGAGGAGAACGUGUACGUAGCAGCUGGCACGGUGUACAGUCUGGAGUCGGAGCUGAGCGACCUGGAGGAAUGUGCCCGAGGCAUCUGCAGCGCCACGUCUGAUAUGGAGCUGUCCUUCCUGGAGGAGCAGGUCGCAUCAGCAGCUGCUAAAGUUCAACAGUCUGAGCUACAGAUUUGUGACAUCUCCGCCAGAAUUGCCGCUUUGAAGAGCGCAGGCCUCGAUGUGGACACACAGUCACGCGCCAAUAAGACCAGGACGAUUCCAGUCAUGCCCAUCACCCUGGACUCAUCAAAACAACUGAGGAGGCGAUUACCUGCACCACCAGUGAAAGAAGAUAAGGAAGCUUGAUUCAUCUGCGGUACCUCCAUCACAGCAGUGCCUUGACCCUCUGCAGCCAACAGGCCAGUCUUAAGUCAUCCGUUCGGACACCUUUUUGCCUUAACUUAGUUUUAAACUAAACAUGCCUCAAACAAUUUGGGACACUAGUACUGUAUGUUUACGUGGUGUAGUUGUGCUGUAUGUUACUGACUGUUGAUUCUUGUGUCAUCUUAUCAAAAUGUAGAUAAAACUACUUUAUUAUUAGAUGGAUGACUGAAACAUUCUUCAAUUUGUUGAAGAGGAGCAGGUAAACUCCGAUCACUAAGCAUAAGAAAAAAUUAACUAACAUUUGAGUUUUUUCUUUUAGGUCUCCAAAACGGCUAAAACUGGUAAAAUUAUUACAUCCCACAGCAUGUGCACAAAUCUUAAUGUUUUAAUUUGAAUAAUAUUUAGACUUCUUAACAUUAGCUGUCAAUUUAACUUGCUGGUGAAUAAAAGUUCUAAAGCCGCUAAAACUGUCAGCAGUACAGCUACUGAAUAUUACACUGUGUUUACCACUAACUUAAAUAUACAGAUUACACAAUGGGAAAACAAUUACAGCAUGCUAGAAAAAUGUUGACUGUACAAUGUCUGAAAUAAAUAUAGAUCUGUAUUUUUCCAUGGUUGUAGAUGUUGUAGUAUACAUAUUUUGUUUUCUGCCUUCAAUGUUAAAUUCAGAAAAUAAAGUAAAAAUUCAAACA